CACCACAGCCGCCGCCGCCGCCGUCGUCGCCCGAGCUCCGUCGCCGACGAGCACCAUGGGAGACGCCGGGAGCGAGCGCAGCAAAGCGCCCAGCCUGCCGCCUCGCUGUCCCUGCGGCUUCUGGGGGUCCAGCAAGACUAUGAAUCUCUGUUCCAAAUGCUUUGCUGAUUUUCAAAAGAAACAACCAGACGAUGAUUCUGCUCCAAGUACAAGUAACAGCCAAUCAGAUUUGUUUUCUGAAGAGACCACCAGUGGCAACAACAAUACCUCGAUAACCACGCCAACUCUUAGUCCCAGCCAGCAGCCGCUUCCGACAGAACUGAAUGUAACUUCACCGAGUAAGGAGGAAUGUGGGCCAUGCACAGAUACAGCUCAUGUCUCGUUAAUCACACCAACCAAAAGAUCCUGUGGUACAGAUUCACAGUCUGAGAAUGAGGCUUCACCAGUGAAACGACCGCGACUACUGGAGAGUGCUGAGCGCUCCGAGGAAACCAGCCGAUCGAAACAGAAGAGUCGGCGUCGGUGCUUCCAGUGCCAAACCAAGCUGGAGCUGGUGCAGCAGGAAUUGGGGUCGUGCCGCUGUGGGUUCGUGUUCUGCAUGCUGCACCGCCUCCCCGAGCAGCACGACUGCACCUUCGACCACAUGGGCCGCGGCCGCGAGGAGGCCAUCAUGAAGAUGGUGAAGCUGGACCGGAAGGUGGGGCGCUCCUGCCAGCGCAUCGGGGAGGGGUGCUCCUGAAGGCCAGGCACGGCCACCACAUGACGCUGUUCUUAGUUCACUAAUGUUAGCCUUAUUUAGGACAGAGUCAGCCAGACACCUUGUACUGGGCACGCGUCAGACUACAGCCAGCCGUUUCCUUUCCUUGGCCAGCCAUCCUGGUACUGUAGCUUAGGGAUUGAUGGUGGUUGGAAUUGAUUUCUGGCUGGUUACUAAGGUGCCUGCUAGCCAUUGUAUAAAAUUAAAACAUGAAGAAUAUUUUUUUUGAGCAUGGCUAGUGGAUUUAAAACAACACAUACCUGUCAGUGCUGGAGUCAAACAUUUACAAAGCCUUAAGUGGAAAGGGUCCCAGGUGGAGAUGGAGGCGCUCGAGGAGCAGCAGCUGAGGUUGACGUCCCCACGACGCACACGGCUUUGCCAGAACCUGGCUCAUGUUCGGCCUUUCGCUUCUUCACCGACCCGCAGUCCCAGUAGCCAGGACCUGAUGGCCACGCGUGCCUUGGCCACAGGAGCCUGCUGAGACUGGCCGUGCAGCUGAGCUGGGGUGCCUUCACUUUCCAGAGCUGGAAUGGGGGUGGGGGCAGAUUCUGAGGAAGACUUUACCUGGCUUGUUAUGAGAACUCACCACACAGCGUGGACCGGCCUCCCUGAGCGUUAGCGCCGCGCUUCUGCUCGGACGGACGCGCACGACCCCUUUCUACACAGGGUCCGUGGUCCUGACCCACCGGCUCGGGCUGCUGUGGGCCGAGGGCAGGGGUCUGGCCUGUGGCAGACCUGCAUCUGGGGUGAGGGUCUGCACACAGGCCUCUGUGGCCAGAUUUCUAUAUUGGGAGUUUUUUAAAGGACAUUUAACAGCCACCAGGAAUCGGCACGCUGGGGAGCAAAUGGGAAAGCAGCCUCUGCGGCCACCACUCAUUUCUAUGCAGCCCAGAGUCUGAGGACAAGUGGCCUGUGUGCACAGCAGGCAGGCAGGGUGAGGAAGGGCAGGCGUCCGGCAGUGAGCCCCCCCCCACCCCCUCCCCCGGGUGGCUCUGGGGAAUGAAGGCUGGAUCCUGGCCACCGCCAGCUCUGGCAUGGGGCAGCUGACGGCGGAGGGCUGGGAGGCCGUCUCUCGAUUUGCGUCUCUCCAAGCGCAGGGCAGCGUGCAGUGGCUCAGGCCAGGCGGGCAGCAGAUGCCAUUGCCCUUACUAGGAAGCCCGUAGCGGUCAUGUGGGCCGGGCUGGCUUGACUUGGGAUUCCUUGGAAGCCUGGGUCAGGUGGAGAGGCCUGUGCCCAUCUGGUCCAGGCCUGCGAGUCGGUGUGGGCUGACCGCACCUGGCUACCGUUGGAGCGGGUUCACUCGCAACUUCCUCUGUAUAUGACAACCAGCUCAACUCUGGCCACAGACAGACUUAACAUGGAGCACCUGCAGCUACACAUGUUUUUAGAUCCAAAAUAAUGAAGAGGAAAUCAUGUUCUUCCCAGCCUCCCCCCAGCCCCCCCCCCCCAGCCCCAAUCAGAGCAGAAUCCGCUGCCGAAUCUCCAGCCUUAAUUCUUGCUUCAGGACCCAGAUCCGUGUCUCCCUCUAGGGCAGCCCAGGGCGCAGGGGCCGGGUCUGCCCAGCGUUUACCACUGUUGUCAAGCCACGACCCUCUGGCCUCACCAUGACCACUCUCAGUGAGGCGCCCACCAAGCUCCCAUCCCCAAGAGGCCAUGCACGCCCUUAUUGGCCCCCAGACCCCAGUAGCCGCUGCUCAGAAGUGGCGCUGAGAAAGGGUGCGUUGGGCUGCAGCGCCCAGGAGAGAGGCUGUGCUCACUUCUGCCAGCAGAGCUGGGCAGUGGGGAAGGGCUUGUCCCCUGCAGUGUCUGUUCUGUGGAGUUUGUUAAGUGUAAGGAAAGUUAAAUUCUUGUAUCUUUACAGAGAAAAAUCUUAUUUAACCCUUUUGUGUUCUAGAUUGACUUACACACAUAGCCUAGAGCUCAGUUUUAGUUUUAACAUUGUGAAAAUAUUAAGAGAAUCUUGUAACUUUAUUCUUUUUUUCUCCUGCUGAAAAAAAAAUUAAACCAAUUGUAUGAACA